UUCUGCCGAAAAUAUUUUUUCCUUUCUGUUUUUCCAUUUUUGACCCGGGAAAGCUUUUGAAUCAACUGUGACUUGUUCCCGUUUCGUACCCGAAGCAUAUUCCUUUCUCUUUCGUCCACUUUCUUCCUGAAUUACACGGAAAAAACCAAACUUUUUAAUGCAGAAGAAACAGUGAAGAUCAAAUUGAAACCAAUUGAUCUCGAGUCUCGACCCAGAAGCUCGCUCGUUACAAAUUUGCAAUCCCAGGUGUAUCGUAUCGUAUUUAUCUUGAUUUAUGUCUUAAACUCAAAUUUUCUGUUGAGGAAGGUUUAAGUGCCAAUUCAGGUAGAAUUAUAGGACAUAGAAAAACAUGAAGAUUAAGCGGUUUGGGUUCAUGGAUCUUGAUGAAGGGUCUCCACACAACUUUCCUGUUGAGCCUCUCAUUUUGCAUAGUUUUCGGGGUCAUAUGUUUUCACAGAUCGGUUCGUUUAUGGACAAUUCAUUGCACCAGUGUAGAUACUUUCAUGUCCCUGGAAGUUUAGCUCUCGAAGGAGCAUUUAAUCACAUUUCUAAGCUUGCUGGUGCUUUACUAUGUUUCUUCUCUUGUGGGCCCAAUACAAAUGCUACUAGAGAGAUGGAGGGUAAUUGGCAUGGUUCUCAACCCGGAUGCUCCAGAUCUUCACAUGUUAAACUUAUUACUUCUGGUGGACAAAAUCUUAUAGGAUUUCACUUCGGUUUUGCAUCAAAAGGAGAAUCUGCUAACUUAGUGCUUUUUGGUAAGAUUUCGGCUUUUGUAAUGCAAUUCCUACAAAGAGAAGCUGAAAAGCUACAUUCACAUCCCAUGCUCUCGUUAGCUUCUGGACUUGUACCACCUUUUGGCAGCUUAUCUUCAAAUGCACUAGCUGUUCCAGUGGAGAAUACUGAUACCAUGGAUCAAAGGCCGUGUGAGGUUGGACAUCAAGGAUGCGCAGGAUUGCCAUUUCCUGACUUGAACUGGAGAAGACAUGCAGUGGAGCCUAGAACUGGCAUUGAGUUUCCUAUGAUCUUGGACAAUAUUUUAACAGGAAAUAAUAAUUCCAGUUUAAGUUCUGAGGUCCUUGUGGGAACUGGAUCCAGAACAAUGAAAAUAAUUAAAAUAAAAUCUCUGAAGAUCUAUGCGUUUGGUUUUUAUGUUCAUCCUAACUCUGUUUGCAAGAAAUUGGGGUCAAAAUAUGCUUCUAUUUCAGUAGACGAACUAAACAAACGCCGUGAUUUUUAUGAGGAUCUUCUCAGGGCAGAUAUUGAUAUGACAGUUAGGCUUGUGGUUAGUUGCAAUGGGAUGAAAAUCAAUACUGUGAGAGAUGCCUUUGAGAAAUCCCUUCGAGCCCGAUUGGUGAAGACAAACCCAGAGACUGACUUCCAUUGCAUAACAACAUUCGGUUCAAACUUCACACAAGAUAUUCCGUUGCCAGCGGGAACAACGAUUGAUUUUCAACGAACAGCUGAUGGAAAAUUAAUUACCAAAAUUGAAGGUAAUCAGAUUGGAGCAGUCCACAGCAAGGAUCUGUGCAGGGCUUUCUUUGACAUGUACCUCGGAGAUCUACCCGUGUCGGAGCAAAGUAAAGAAGAGAUUGGCAGAAAUGUUGCUAAUAUUAUUAGACGUUGCUGAAAUGGUUCAUUCGUCUCCAUUGCCUCACUUUUUUAAAAGGGCAAGUGGUUGUUGAUGCGGCAAAAUUGCCUGCUGCUCAGCUGUGUUAUACAUUCGAGUGCACUCAAGCUCAACAGUGUCGGAUGUCAAAGACGUCAAUGUGGCCGAAAAGCAUUACAAGGGCAAUCAGUGAGCUUGCUGCAAAAGAUUUAAGGCUUGGCUGGGGUCUCGCGGCCUCUUAGAUUAGUUUUCUUGUUAGUGUGCCAUUCUUUGUAGCUAUUUUCUGGUGAUUUGCAUAUGAUAGAUUUACAGUCCCUACAAAUCAUCAGCUUCCCAGUGUAGCAACUGCAAGUAUAAAUUGCAUACGAACAUCUUUUGGUUUAACAGUAUAUACAUCUCACUAUUAACUUAUUGUUUCCUUCA